AUGGCAGGCGUCCUGCGCUUCCGUUUCCUGGCAAUUGCCAUGGUGUUCCACUUGGUCUACAUAUUCUCUAUUUUCGACAUUUAUUUUGUCAGCCCCGUUGUCUCUGGCAUGCGACUUUUCCAGCCCGAGAGGCCUGCCGCCGCCAAAGCUCCAGCUGAUCGCCUCGUCCUGUUUGUCGGCGAUGGCUUGCGCGCCGACAAGGCGCUCCAGUCACAUCCUGAGCCGUAUCCGGAAACGAAAGAGGACUUGAUCCCACGACCGCUUGCGCCUUUCCUGCGUUCCAGAAUCCUCGAGCACGGAACUUUUGGGGUGUCACAUACGCGUGUGCCCACCGAGUCGCGACCGGGCCACGUUGCCCUCAUCGCUGGUCUAUACGAAGAUGUCUCGGCAGUCACCACUGGCUGGAAGCUCAACCCAGUUCAUUUUGACAGCGUCUUCAACCGCAGUCGCCACACAUGGAGCUGGGGUAGUCCGGACAUUCUGCCUAUGUUUGAACUGGGCGCCAUCCCUGGCAGGGUUGAUGCCUUCUCAUAUGCGGCCGAAGACGAGGACUUCUCGCAAGACGCCACACACCUUGACUACUGGGUUUUCGACCAUGUCAAGGAGCUUUUUGCUGAGGCUCGCACCAACGAGACUCUGGCUGCCAGCCUACACCAGGACAAGAUCGUGUUCUUCUUGCAUCUGCUGGGCCUAGACACUACGGGCCAUGCAUACCGUCCCUAUUCCAAGGAGUACCUGAACAACAUCAAGGUGGUGGACAAAGGUGUCGAAGAGAUAACCGAGCUGAUUGAAAGCUUUUACGGCGAUGACCGCACAGCAUUUGUAUUCACGGCUGAUCAUGGCAUGAGUGACUGGGGCAGUCACGGCGAUGGCCAUCCAAACAACACGCGCACGCCACUGAUUGCCUGGGGCUCGGGCGUUGCUGAGCCUCAGUUGUAUCCAGCAUAUGUGGCGACCAAAGGCAUGUUUGAGACGAAGGCGGGUGUCAAAUCAAAGAGUGGCACCGGCAUGGCGCCAGGCCAUGACGAGUACUCGUCUGACUGGAACCUUGAUCAUGUGCGCCGCAUUGAUGUGGAGCAGGCUGAUGUGGCCGCUUUGAUGGCUUACCUGGCUGGACUUGAGUUUCCGGCCAAUUCGGUAGGCGAGCUUCCUCUCGAUUACGUGGCUGCCAGCCUCGAGGAGAAGGCGCGCGCCGCAUUACUCAACGUGCGAGGCGUCUUGGAGAUGUACCGCGUCAAAGAGGAGAAGAAAAGCGCAUCACAGCUGCGAUUUCGGCCCUUCCAGCCCCUGAGUGACAGUGUGGGUGAUACAGAGGGAUUGUCGGCUGAGCACCGCAUGGCAGAUAUUGAUGGACUGAUUAGCACCGGCCAUUAUGAGGAAGCUGUCGAGGAGGCAGCGGCUUUGUUCAAGAUUGCCUUGUCUGGUCUGCGGUACCUGCAGACGUACGACUGGCUUUUCCUGCGUGCGCUCAUCACUGUUGGCUACCUGGGCUGGAUCGCCUAUGCAUUGACCACUGUUGUGGAUUUACAUGUAUUGGACGAGAAGACAAGGCCGCAAGCAUCGCGGAACUUGGCCGGAGCCAUCAUCUUCUCGGCAGUUCUCUUUGCAAUGUAUGCGUCUUUUGCAGCCUCAAAGUCGCCACUGUCGUAUUACGCCUACGCAUUCUUUCCUGUCUUCUUUUGGGAGGAAGUCUAUGCCCGGCGAGACAGUCUUGUGGCGGGACGCAAGCAGCUAUUUGGACACUUCAACAGUGGCGCCCACUUCGUCUCACUCCUCAUUAAUGUAACGCUGUACAUUGCCGUUAUCGUUUUCUUGGCUCUAGGAUACAUACACCGUGACAUCUUCACGGCCCUUUUUGUGAUUGGCGCCUUUUGGCCUGCCGUGUACGGACUCCCAUUCCUACGCCAACACUUCGCUAUGGCUGGCUUGUGGUCCUCUUCGUGUCUGGCCAUGAGCACAUUUACGCUCCUUCCCGCCAUGAAGGUGGAGAACAUUGAGCUUAUUCUGCUGGGUGGUUCUCUCAUGGUAGCUGUUGGCAUCCUCUAUCUCGUGUUUGAAGAUGUGAUCCUAGCCGACUUCGCGGCAGCGACGGAGGCAAGGUCAGCGUCGUCUGUUGCUGCAAAGAGUCCUGUCGUGCGAGUCCUGUUGGGUGCCCAGGUUGGAUUGAUUAUUUUAUCGAUGUGGGUGACGCGGUCGAGCGCCCUUUCUCUACAGGCCAAGGCAGGCCUUCCUCGGGGCAACCAGGUGGUUGGAUGGCUUAUUCUGGUCAUGUCCUUGGUCGUGAUGCCUAUGGCACACAGCGCCGAACCGAACCGCAACUACCUGCACCGUCUAAUGGUGAUAUUCUUGACUUUUGCGCCCACAUUCGUCAUUCUAACCAUUUCCUACGAGGGCCUAUUUUACCUGGCGUUCAGUGCAGUCCUGGUGGCAUGGGCGCGUAUGGAGCACGCAGUCCAUAUCUUCUCAACCCGACCGUUGCUAGCAACACCAAAGGCCAAUGGGUCAGGCAAACCGGUGGCAGCAAGCAUAACGACAACGGAUAGGACAACGGCACCCUACAGGCCGCUCACACUUGCGGAUACUCGGGUAGCCUUAUUCUUCUUUGUGCUGCUUCAGGCUGCCUUUUUCAGCACUGGCAAUGUGGCCUCUAUCUCGUCUUUCAGCCUGGACAGUGUGUACCGGCUGAUCCCUGUGUUUGAUCCGUUCUCACAAGGGGCGCUACUGGUGGUAAAGCUGUUGGUUCCAUUUGCACUCAUAUCGGCCAAUCUCGGAAUCCUCAACAAGCAGCUUGGCGUGGCACCAUCAGCCUUGUUUAUGACGGUCAUGGCAAUCAGUGAUAUCCUGACGCUCUAUUUCUUCUGGGUUGUCAAGGAUGAAGGGUCAUGGCUCGAGAUCGGCUCCACCAUCACGCACUUUGCUGUCGCCAGUCUGCUCUGUGUCUUUGUGGCGGGACUGGAGGGUGUCAGCGCGCUCUUUAUUGCGGGCGUGGAGGUAAAUGAUACGAUUCUAAAGCCAGCAAACACAGUAGUAAAGUCGGCAUCUGCACGGCCGUCGACCAACGGUCAGUCGCACACGCCAAAGGUGUCAGGAAAUAAAUAA